AUCUCGACGAGCGCUUAGCCUUCACACGCCGAGACUUGUGUUCUUGUUAAUAAUAGUACAGAAUACAAGGCCAACCGGGGCCCGAGAUCGGCGACGAGGCCGUCCGGCCGCGCGUCCGCCAUUAAUUCUACCUCCUCCUUCUUCUUCUUCUUCCAUUAAUCCAUCUAGAGGUCGACAGAGAGAGCUAGGUAGACAAUGGAGACCCGGGACAGUGCUCCCUCCACGACGCCGCUCCCCUACUCCUACUCGCCGCUGCCGGCCGCGGACGCCGCGUCCGGCGAGGUCUCCGGCACCGGCCGCGCCCGCGGCGGCCGCCGGAGGCCGCUGUGCGCCGCGGCGCUGGUCCUGUCCGCCGCGCUGCUGCUCGCCGUCGCGGCGCUGGCCGGCGUCGUCCGCAUCGCGCCCCCGCGGCCCAUGCCGGCGCCGGCGGCGAGGAUGAGCAGCAGGGGCCCCGAGGCCGGCGUGUCGGAGAAGACGUCCGGCGCGUCGUCGUCGGGCAUGCUGCUGGGCGGCGGCGAGGGCGGCGGCAACGCCUUCCCAUGGAGCAACGCGAUGCUGCAAUGGCAGCGCACGGGCUUCCACUUCCAGCCGCAGAAGAACUGGAUGAACGAUCCGAAUGGCCCCGUGUACUACAAGGGGUGGUACCACCUGUUCUACCAGUACAACCCGGACGGCGCGAUCUGGGGCAACAAGAUCGCUUGGGGCCACGCCGUGUCCCGCGACCUUGUCCACUGGCGGCACCUCCCCCUGGCCAUGGUUCCCGACCAGUGGUACGACAUCAACGGCGUGUGGACGGGGUCCGCCACCACCCUCCCCGACGGCCGCCUCGCCAUGCUCUACACCGGCUCCACCAACGAGUCGGUGCAGGUGCAGUGCCUCGCCGUCCCCUCCGACCCCUCCGACCCGCUCCUCACCAACUGGACCAAGUACGAGGGCAACCCCGUGCUGUUCCCGCCGCCGGCCAUCGGCCCCAAGGACUUCCGCGACCCGACCACCGCCUGGUUCGACCCCUCCGACCGCACCUGGCGCAUCGUCAUCGGCUCCAAGGACCCCCACCACGCCGGCAUCGCCGUCACCUACAAAACCAAGGAUUUCAUCCACUUCGACCUCCUCCCGGGCCUCCUCCACCGCGUCGAGGGCACCGGCAUGUGGGAGUGCAUCGACUUCUACCCCGUGGGCACACGCGGCAGGGGCUCCGAGAACGGCAUCGACAUGUCCGACGCCAUAUCCGAGAACGGCGUCGUCGUCGGGGACGUCGUGCACGUCAUGAAGGCCAGCAUGGACGACGACCGGCACGACUACUACGCGCUUGGGCGGUACGACGCCGCGGCCAACGCGUGGACGCCGCUCGACGCCGCCAGGGACGUCGGCAUCGGCCUGCGCUACGACUGGGGCAAGUUCUACGCGUCCAAGACCUUCUACGACCCGGCGAAGCGCCGCCGCGUGCUCUGGGGAUGGGUCGGCGAGACCGACUCGGAGAGAGCAGACGUGUCCAAGGGAUGGGCGUCGCUCCAGUCGAUCCCCCGCACGGUGCUGUUCGACACCAAGACCGGCAGCAACCUGCUCCAGUGGCCCGUCGAUGAGGUCGAGACGCUGCGCACCAACUCCACCGACCUCAGCGGCAUCACCAUCGACUACGGCUCCGUGUUCCCGCUCAACCUCCACCGCGCCACCCAGCUCGACAUCGUCGCCGAGUUCGAGGUCGACCGCCACGCCGUCAUGGCUCUCAACGAGGCCGACGUCGGCUACAACUGCAGCACCAGCGGCGGCGCCGCCAACCGGGGCGCGCUCGGGCCCUUUGGCCUGCUCGUCCUCGCCGACAAGCACCUCCGCGAGCAGACCGCCGUCUACUUCUACGUCGCCAAGGGCCUCGACGGCGGCAUCACCACGCACUUCUGCCAGGACGAGUCGCGGUCCUCCAGCGCCAACGACAUCGUCAAGCGCGUCGUCGGCAGCGCCCUCCCCGUGCUCGACGGCGAGACCCUCUCGCUGCGGGUGCUCGUCGACCACUCCAUCGUCGAGAGCUUCGCGCAGGGCGGAAGGUCCACGGCCACCUCGCGCGUCUACCCGACGGAGGCCAUCUACGCCAACGCCGGCGUCUACCUCUUCAACAACGCCACCGCCGCCCGGGUCACGGCCAAGAAGCUCGUCGUCCACGAGAUGGACUCGUCCUACAACCACGACUACGUGGCCCAACUCUGAGCCAUGCAGCUAUCCACUUCAUUUUUUGAUACAGAGAAAAGCAUCUUUCUGCUGCUGCUUGUACCUAUCAAUUUUUGUUUCCCUUUUCGAUAUCCCCUGCUUUAUUUUUGUUUCCCUUUUUUCUAAUUAUUAUUUGCUCGAGGCUUUCUUCCAAUUGUACUUUCUCCGUGCCAAAUGAAAAAUCAAAACAAUUAGUAAUUUGGGCCGGAGAGAAUACUACCUAGUGGAAGACGCCAAGAUGCAAGCAAGGCUACAUUAUGAUAGCCUCUGGUUGUACAUUCAUACAUCAACACCCAUGAGUCAAUUGUCUACGUACUCCUAGAUUUUAAUUC